CAGUAGAUGGAGGUCUAAUCCUUCUUUCUGCAGGACAGGCCAGCACCAUCUGUUUCUGGCACUGAAAUGGUUAAACUGGUGGGGUUGACUCGCUUUCUGUCGUUGUUGUGGGGAAAACAGCGGCAACACGGGGAUGCUGAGCGGAGGGUUUUUCUAAUUGCCCGUCGGUGUUCAAUGACAUGAGCAGAUUUGCUAAAACACCAAAUUAUGGCAGGGAACCUCAGCUGCUACGAGUCUCUAGAUACUCCUGCCGCCGCAUAGAAAACACGCAUUGUUAAGCAAAAUCCUUGUAACCGUGAGGAGCAAUAAUGCGAGGGGCGGACAGCAGCAGCAGGUCUGCCGUGAUUGUGCUCUGCCUGCUGGGAUGCGAUUUAUGGACGGCGGCCGCUAAAACACUGCAGGAGAACAGCGAUGCCAAAGAAGUGGCGCUGAAGGUUCACCUGAGUGAUGCUAGCACUCAUCAACCUCUCGCUGGUGUCACCGUGGAGAUCUUCACUAACCACAUCACUGUUGCCUCGGAUAUCUCUGGUGCCGAUGGCAAUGCCUUUAUCAGGUUCCCCUAUCGCCUUGGCGACCUUCUUGUAGUGACGGCAACCAAGCGUGGCUACGUACCCAACUCCAUUCCAUGGCGACCAAGCAAGCUUCCUGUCUUUUCAUCUCUCAGUCUGGAUCUGCUUCCUGAGAGGGCUGCUACUCUGAUGGUGUACGAUGACGUGGUGCAGAUCGUCUCUGGAUAUCAAGGUUCAAAGCUGCAGCCAUGGGUGCAGUUCCAGAGAAGAGCCUUGAGUCUUCCUUCUAAUGCAACCUACACCAACCUGACUGCCUUCUUAACUGUGAGCAGUUCAACACAAGACACGCAGUACUUCCCCUACCUUCAGGGACUUCAUCCCAAUUACACAGGCAGUGAUCGGAAGUUUGAGUUGACUCCUGUAGCUGCUAUAAGUGUCCAUCUUUUGGGAAGCGAUGGGGCGGAGCUUCAUGUCAGCGAGCCAAUCAGUGUGAGCAUCCCUCUUCCUGCAAACAGUGGCUUGAAAGAGAAUGAUCACAUCCCUGCCUGGAGGUUUGACCCUAAUCUGGGGGCCUGGUUGAAGAGCAGUCUGGGAUACGUCCAGAGAGAGGGGAAGCAGUUAACUCUUACAUAUAUUGCCCCUCAGCUUGGCUAUUGGGUCGCAGCCAUGUCUCCCAUAAACACAGGUCCAGUGGUGGCGAAGGACAUUAGCACUUAUCACACAGUCUUCCUGCUGGCCAUACUAGGAGGCAUGGCACUGAUACUGCUCUUCCUGCUCUGUCUGCUGCUCUACUAUUGCAGGAGGAAGUGUGCCCGCUUGCGCCCUGCCCACAGGAAGUUCACUCUAUCCUCAGCUUUAGAUGCCUCUAAACGAGACCAGGCUACUUCCAUGUCACACCUGAACCUCAUCAGUGAGACUCACUUAGACCACAAUGGGACAGAGCCGGACAUGCACACACCUAUGCUCAAACCCACCCCCUACGACUCCUCCACCAAUGAGCUUGAAGCUUCGCACGGCGAGCUCAAUAGCCGAGGAUCUAACCACUACAAACUCUCAGUAGAGAGAUUUCCCCUCAAAUCGGUUUGUUCAAACAAUCCUUCCGAGGGUUAUGAUUCCCCGGCGGGACGUGGGGAGUACCGGCGGAGCUAUACAUCCAUCACGGCUUCAUCCAUCCAUCCCCUCCACAUGUCCAUCUCGUCCUCGUCCCCCCAUCCAUUGCUUCACACCACCUCUGCAGGACAUAAAUCAGGCUUGCGCGAUAACCGUCUCUCUCCUGUUUUAGCCACAUCCACAAGUCCUGCUGGAUCCCCAGUGCGGGAGCAAGGAAUCGAGCGGAGGCCAGCCGACUACAUGCUCUCCCGCUCAGUAGAUCAUCUGGAGCGUCCCGCCCCGCUUCCCCGACCUGGAGCCCUGCUCUGCUGCACCUCCGAAUUGCAAGUCAACCAAGGGGAAGAGACCUACCGCAAGGCUCGUCCCACCCUCGUCAUCCCUGCCCACUACAUGCGACUUCCAGGGACACACCCUCUGUCGGGCCAAGCGCUUCUUCUGCAGUCGGAUGAACAGAGCGAAUUGGAAAGCAUUCAGGCAGAACUCAGUGCGUGUCAUCAGCCCCAAGGCCAAGUCUUGCAACCGUGGGGCAAAGAAGAGCAGGAAGGGGGGACGCAAGGGACGGGGGAUGACCGAGGUGGAGGAGUUGAGGAGUGGACAUUGCAGACGGCCGCUCUUCCCGCUGAUCUCUCCAUCCCCAACUCGCUCAGUCAAACAGGCCUGGAUGUGGUGCAGAUGAAUGGAGAAGAUCAGCUUCUGGCUGAAAAGACUUUGAUGGCGCUCAGGGGUGGAAAGCCGCUCCCCCAUCCCAGAGCUUGGUUCGUGUCACUGGACGGCCGCUCCAAUGCCCACAUCCGCCAUUCGUACAUCGACUUGCAGAGGGCAGGAUGCAACAGCAGUUGUGUCGGAAGCAACGACGCCAGUCUAGACUCUGGGGUUGAUAUGAGUGACAUCACACCGGGCCGGCGUUUUCGUGAAAAAAUCAGGGGUAAAACUGAAGUUGGAGCUCAGUCUGCAGUGCCUGUGGUCGAAUAUACACCACUAGUGAUUGUAGAGGACUCAAAUGCUAAUGCAGAGAACAGCGGUAGCCCAACACCAGUCUGCAGCCCCGAAGAACACUCUCUAGGGGGUUUAUUACAGGAAACAGAGAGAGAAGAGGAAGACGAAGGGACUUUGUCUCCACCGUCGCCUCUACCUGAGCUUCCUUCUCCACCUCUUCUCCCUGAGCCUGUGGUUGAAAUGGCGGAGGAGACGGGGACAGAUAGUGAUGUUUUCAGGACUGAGGAGACUCAAAUGCACAUGAGCAGCCGGCCAGAUAACCUGCUUGUCCCUGAUGAUGGUGGUGAAGACGAGAAUAAGAAGAGUCCGUGGCAAAAACGAGAGGAGCGACCACUACUGGCCUUUAACCUAAAAUAGCACGUCUUUUAAAAGGAUAGUUCAUCAAAAAAAAAUUAAAAUUCUGUCAUCAUUUACUCAUGUCGUUCCAUACCUGAAUGGCUUUGUUCUGUAGGACACAAUUGAAAAUGUCUUUUUGUCCAUACAGUCAAAAACAAGAUUUGGACCCCAUUGACUUUCAUUGUAUGGACAGAACAGUUGAAGCAUUCUUCAAAAUAUUGUACUUUCUCUUGGAGAACAUAGACGUCAUAGAGGUUUGGAAUGCCAUGAGGGCGAGUAAAUGCUGACAGAAGUCUCAUUUUUAGGUGAACUGUCCCUUUAAGUGCUUCCCUCAUGGUCUUUAGCUUGACUUUUGAAUGGAGUUGCCUUAUGAGCGCAGGUCUGUGCGUGGCUGUUUGCCUGUGGCAAUGAAAGCCAAGAAAGCCUUAGCACAAAUAAAUAUUGGAGCAGCUCUGCCUCAGAACUGUACGAGGAAGAAAAGACUGAAGUUUUCAAGAAAAAACACACGAUUAAAUACCAAUCUAAUGCACAUCUGCUAUGGCUUUGCUGACAUACACUUUGAGCAAAAAUAUUGCAAGCCAUUGUAUUGAAGGUGAAAUGUUGUUUAAGCUUUAUGAGAUGCUGCUGUUUUUGAGCAAUAUGACAUCUAGUGGCAACACGUGUACACUGCAACUACACCACUAAGUGUUUCCCAGCACUUAUUUUUGAACAUUUUAUGGGAUGACUAGAGGAAUGUCUUCCUCAUCUUAAUGGGUUAAAAAACACAUAAAGCCACUAUAAUGGGAUCACCAGUCUAAAUCUCACCCGUUUUCAGUUUUAUUAGUAUAAUGAAUGCACCAUUUGUUCUGGUUAAUCAGUUAUUUUGGCUGUGUUGAGCACAGAUUUUCAAAUGUGCGUUUCUUCAACCUUAGGAUUACAGUAGGACUUUUGCCAACAUUGCUGGUCAGCUUCAAAGCAGCAGACCCACCUGUUAAAGAAAGAAAAAACACUAUGCAUUGCUUUAAACUGAAGGAUCAUGCAGCUUUAUAUGCCUAUUUUUUUUUAUUUUAACCACUGUCUAUUAAUUUUGUUGUUUUGUUUUAUUAUUAUUUUGGUUUGAACUUGCCUUAGCUUGUGAGUGAAGUAAACAGCACAUUCAGACGAGGGCUGGAUGCAACUGCACUCACUCACAUAAACAGCCACCAGCUUUUCUUUCCCAAACUGUCAUGUUUUUUUGUCUUAAGUGCCUUUCUAAUGCUAAUUUAUAUCCAUCAUUAGAUUUAAUUUUCCUCUCCUCUACUAUCAUUUUGUGUCAUAUAAUUUGAUGUUUUUCACAAUAUGUUGACUCCAUGUGGCAUUACACUCUCCUUUGAUCUCAUUGUAUGUGUGUGAGUGUUUUAAUUGUUGUAUCUGGAUAUACAGUGGGCUCCAAACAUCUGACACCACACUGAAAAUCUGGGAUUUAGAAUCUAUUUUAACCCUUUUAAAAUGUUGAUGCUUGAAACAAUAGUUUUUGAAACAUUUGUAUAUGCAACUCAAGUGCUGAUGUCAUUGAAGCAGAAAAGAGGACAUAGCAUUUUUUUCAUUAUUGAAAGUAUUUGUCAUAGAAAAAUAGCAUCCUUUAUCCUUAUUUUUUUAUUUUAAUUUUAAAAAUACGUUUUACAAUCAUUCAAUCAUGGUAUUCUCAGACUUUUGAAACCUCCUGUGUAUUCCAUGUAUCUUAUGACUCUGGUCUAUUCUUUUGCCUUGUUUGUAUAUGUACAUAUUCAUUCACCCAGUUGUUUAUGCUCGUGUGAGUGUGUGUUGCUUGGUGGAGCUGUGUGUCUGCUGAGGACAUACUAUGCAGGGUGUGUAGGUACUGAUGUAGGACUGAGAGUGAUGUAUCAUUAUUUGAAAGCUGUUGAAAGUCUGACUUGUUACCAGGGUAACCACUUUGUAAGAAACCUUGUGUCAUUCGGCUCUUCAGCAAUCUACUUUGAAUGUCUGGACUGGUUGCUUGUAUUAUAAUUCAGGCCUAUUAUCCAAUAAAGCCAAAAAAUAAAUAAAAACUGAUCAACA